AUGGAGGGCUUUGAAGGCGAGGGCAAGGAGUUUGAAAUCUAUCCUCUGGGGGAUGGGAAGCCAGUGGAGCCGGACGAGGGUGGAGUUGAGCCAAAAGAUCGGACUCCCCUGAGACCAGCCAGACCCCCAGCCAGACCAGACCAGACAGACCAGACCCCAGCCAGACCAGCCAGACCAGACCAGCCAGACCAGGACCAGACCAGCCAGACCAGACUACAGCCAGACCAGCCAGACCAGGACCAGCCAGACCAGCCCCCCAGUCAGACCAGGACCAGCCAGACCAGACCCCCAGCCAGACCAGACCGCCAGCCAGACCAGGACCAGCCAGACCAGACCCCCAGCCAGACCAGACCCCCAGCCAGACCACACUCCCAGCCAGACCAGACCCCAGCCAGACCAGCCAGACCAGGACCAGCCAGACCAGACCCCCAGCCAGACCAGAGCCAGACCAGAGCCAGACCAGACCCCCAGCCAGACCAGACCAGAGCCAGACCAGAGCUAGACCCCCAACCAGACCAGACCCCCAGCCAGACCAGAGCCAGACCCCCAGCCAGACCAGGACCAGCCAGACCAGAGCCAGACCCCCAGCCAGACCAGAGCCAGACCCCCAGCCAGACCAGGCUCCCAGCCAGACCAGAGCCAGGACAGGCACACAGCGAGCAGAGACACACGCAGUGA